GUGGCAGUGACGUUGUACCCGGCCGGUGGGGUCUAGGUUGUAACAACCAGCGGUAGAUCUGCGUCUCGCGCCAGGUUAUGAGCCUCAAUGAAUACGAGAAAACGCCACGGCUCUAAGAACACGGAUCAGGGCGUUUAUCUGGGACCUUCGCAGAUACAGGAGCUGCACCCGCCUGCUGCCACCACCGUCGCCUCCUCCCUGUCAUUCCCGGACACCAUGUCGUGUCGCGAUCGCACCCAGGAGUUCCUCUCCGCCUGCAAGUCCUUGCAGAGCAGACAGAAUGGGCUGCAGCUGAACAAACCCGCUCUGAACGCCAUGCGCCAGAGGAGCGAAUUCACCGUCAUAGCCAAGCGCAUCGGGAAAGAUCUCAGCAACACCUUUGCCAAGCUGGAGAAGCUGACCAUCUUGGCCAAGCGGAAGUCCCUGUUUGACGACAAGGCGGUGGAGAUAGAGGAGCUGACGUACAUCAUCAAACAGGACAUCAACAGCCUGAACAAGCAGAUUGCCCAGCUGCAGGACUUCGUGCGGGCCAAGGGCAGCCAGAGCGGGCGGCACGUGCAGACCCACUCCAACACCAUUGUGGUGUCGCUGCAGUCCAAACUGGCCUCAAUGUCCAAUGACUUCAAGUCAGUGCUGGAGGUGAGAACAGAGAACCUGAAGCAACAGCGGAGCCGGCGUGAGCACUUCUCCCGCACCCCGAUGCCCCUUACUGCCAGCAACCUGGGUGGCUCCGCGAUGCUGCAGGAUGAACCACGGCGGGCGGGGGACGUGGCCAUUGACAUGGACAACCGGACGAGCCAGCAGCUGCAGCUGAUUGACGAACAGGAUUCGUAUAUCCAGAGCCGGGCGGACACCAUGCAGAACAUUGAAUCCACCAUUGUGGAGCUGGGCUCCAUCUUCCAGCAGCUGGCGCACAUGGUGAAAGAGCAAGAGGAGACCAUCCAGAGGAUUGAUGCCAACGUGGAGGACGCCCAGCUGAAUGUGGAGGCCGCGCAUUCCGAGAUCCUCAAAUACUUCCAGUCAGUUACCUCCAACCGCUGGCUCAUGGUCAAGAUCUUCCUCAUCCUCAUCGUCUUUUUCAUCAUCUUUGUGGUGUUCCUGGCCUGAGCUGUCCCCUUGCACCUGCCCUCCCCCAGCACCUGGAGCCCCCGCCCUCUCUCUGGCGGAGCCACUCGUGGACAUCUAU